AUGGCCAGCCUCCAGGACAUCAUGAACGCGGACGAGGACCAACUCGAAUCCCACACUAUUAAGAGCAGCCGGGACCCGGCUCCUUCGGCCGGCCAUCAUCGACCCUACUUGGCACCAAGCGCACCACCGUACAGCUCGAGCUAUGCGAUAGGCAGAGAACAAGCAGACAGUUCAACCACACAGCAAGAUACUAAGCGCAGUUCAUCUUCUCACACCACCAAGUCGACCCCUCCCAGCUCGUCGUCCUCGUCCAGCCGGCCACCAAACAUCCGCCGUCGAAGCAACGUCAGCACCGAUUCCAUGGAGCAGUUAAACUACGGCUACGGUCACGGGUCGGCCUCUAGCAGCCUUGAUCCCUCUGGCCCGUCCAUGCGACCUUACGGCCACGCACCGACCGGAGAUGUGCCCGUCAAGUUGACUCCCAUCACCGGUCGAGUCAGUCGCGCAAAGAAGGGUAUGAAAGUUCAUACUUGCGACAUUUGCCGUCCUUCCAAGACGUUUACACGCGCAGAGCAUCUAAGAAGACACCAGCUUAGCCACGAGACCCCUCAGUAUGCGUGCCCCAUUCUCGGUUGCGACAGGGCCUUCCACCGCAAGGAUUUGCUGGAGCGUCACCAACAAAGACACGAACUGGAAGGAGACAAGGUAUCGAGAAGUAGAGGGACAAGCCAAGUCCGCAGAACCUCCGCCACUUCAAUCGAAGGGGGGGUUCGGACCUUGGGGUUGCAACAUCCCAUGCUCGGGUUCCAGCCGAACGCCUCGGCCCCGAUCCAGAGCCUCCCAAUGACGCAAAGUAUGUCCCAUGCCAGUUCAUAUCCGUCCAUGGACGCAAGAGAUGCGGGCAAAUCAAUGUCGCCUCAUAUGGGAAACGACGGCUACCGUACACCGUCAGGUGAUACUGGAUACGGCGGUAGUUACUCCCUGUCCACUGGGCCCGCGCAGCAGCCCCUGAUGCAACAGCCAAACAAUGGUUUCAGUACUUCUCCUCCAUUCGGUUCUGUCGAAUACCAGCCUCGUACGACGCCCGGUUUCCCUUCGUUGUGUCUCCAGACUGAGGGACUUGGGUUGCAGAUGUCAUCGGAUGGUCCGCCUGAGCUCUCGCACGCUCAAGACCACGGUUGGCCGUCCUCGGCCUCCGACAGCCCGUACUCGACGCCUUCCGACAACUCGCGACGCACAUUCUGGCCGCCGGCAAGGGCCCCUGUCACCGAUUGGCCGACUGGUCUUCUUUCACCUUAUCCGGGUACCGGAUUCGAUCCCAUGGCAACAAGCAAUCCCUUGCUCUACCACUACCCGACCUCCCCCCAGCUCAGCAACCCGCAAACGUAUCCGAUGCUCGAUACUCCCAUGUCCACAUACGCGGGCGAGCAGACAAUCUUUGACCCCCACCAACAACCCCGGGUCUCCAACACUGUUCGUAGCCUGUCCCCGCCGGUGACGUCGGCAUCGGCUCAAUCUUCUGAAACUCUAGUCACUCCGUCGACAGCACUACCGUCGGACCGGAUGAUGAACUCACUUGCCUGUAUGGGCCGUCAGAAGGAGGUGGCGUUGGGCCUCCUGGCGGCCCCGGCCCUGGUGCAGGGCUCCUUGCCUCUGCCUCCUGCAAAUGUCUGCAAAGCCAUUCCCGCCUACCUCGAGGUCUACUGGGAGAAGUUUCACCGCUCUUUCCCCAUUGUCCACAGGAGGACCUUCGAGGCCGCGGCGGAGCAGGCUGACGUGCUCCGCUGCGCCAUGGCUGCAGUGGCUACUCAGUACAUGAGUGCUAAGGAGGACCGCAUCAGGGGGAAUCAGCUGCAUGAGUACGCCUGGCAACAAUCAAGACGCUUCCUCCAGUGGGAUGUGCCUGUCAUGCAAGCGAUUCUGCUAUGUGAGUUUUUUGCACGGUUUCGCGGCCGGCGUGCGGCCAUCAGGCCAUCAAAAGAAUUCGAGUCCAUCUACUCAAGGGUUUACGACAAUGCCGUCAUCUUCGGGGCAAUCCCUCAGACAGGUCCCAACAGCGUCAGGUGGCACACCUGGCUCGAUAUCGAGACCCGUCGCCGCCUUCUUUCUGCCUGUUUUGUCUUGGAUAUCCACAGCUCGGUCUAUCUGGAACAGCAGCGCGUCCGCAGCUUCGACGUUGCCAACGAUGGCAUGCCGCCAAAAAUCCCUCUCAUCGGCCCCAACCAAGACCUCUGGGACGCUGCAAGCGCAGAUGCGUGGGCGGCGACAGUCUCAGCUAAGGGAGACCGUUCGGGUGAACAGACGCUACUCUCUUUUAUCAACCCUGAUACCCUGUCGAGAACAAGCAUCAAAACCCACGUCCUCUUCGAUCGCGCGGUAAUCCUGGCAUUCGAGGCGCUUCUACUACCUACACGUGACGACCCGGCGCACAUGACACCCUCGACUGAGAUUUCGGAACCGGGGACCUUUCGCAUGGCCAACAUCUUCCCGGACUGCCCUGUAGCGAACACCUACCUUGCCCUACACCACACCCCGCUCUACGACCUGCUCGCCGUCUCCGGAGACAGCUGGAUCUUCAGCCAAAAGGUCCUGCAGCCAAAGUCCUUCGCCGAACACCAGAAGCGACUCAGGAGCUGGUGCGACUCCGGCGACGCCGCCGUUGCCGUGGUCUUCGCAUGCCGCGCCCUCCGCGCCUUUACGGAACACGGCAGUGCCGAGAACCAGGAGGACUCGGACGACGACAACGACGACGACAUGGGUGCUUGGGGUAUGGGCCGACCCCGCAUGUGGAAGGACGACAUCUCGGACUAUUGGGGCAUGUACGUCUGCGCACUCAUCUGCUGGGCCUAUGGGCACCGAGCGAGCCGCGGAGAUACCGCUGAGGGUAGCGAGCUGGGCGAUUGUGACAGCAUGGCGAUCCAAUGGGUCCGCACCAUUGCGAGCAUGCGGGCGAAAGACGUCGCAAGGCUGCGCUCCAAGGAGGAUACCAUGCCUGUCGUGUCGCUUGUGAGGAUGUGGUUGGAUGUUGACUGUCUUGGCGGGCGCAGUCGGUUGUACGUCGACGCGGUGGGCGUGCUCAAAAAGCUGGAAGAAGGCAUGAACUGGAAGUGGUUCUAG